GCACCACCCAUUUCUCAAACGGUAUAGUCUCGUUAUACUCGGGAAGAGCCAGGACCUGUACAGUCCCGUUAUAUUCGGUUAGAGCUAGGAGCGUUACAAUCCCGUUAUACUCUGGUAGAGCGAGGCGCUCCGAAUAACGGUUUGAGGAAUGAGGCGGAAAAGGCGAGGAGAACAUGUACACAGGACUUCUCUAAACUCAAAUACUUUGAUAUGGAAGAUGUGUUUGUUGCUGAGAUGGUGGAUUCCUGUACUAUUCCUGACAGAUCUCCCAUUAAGCUCAGCCAUCCAGGUCUCCGCUCGUGAAGACAGGAAGUAUGCCAUGCUGUUCCAGUCGGUGGUCCUGCCGUGUCAAUACUCCAGCAUGUCCACCCAGACGCCUGUGGUCCAAUGGUGGUACAAGUCUUACUGCCGCGACCGCACCCGCGACGCCUUCAGCUUCCCAGAGAGCCUGGGGGUAAGGGGGUCCGAGCUGGGCUCCUCGUCCCAUCUAGACUGCUCCGAUUCUAGCCGCACCGUCCGCGUGGUGGCCUCCGUCACCGGAUCCUCCAUUACCCUGGCCGAGCACUACAAGGGCAGAGAUAUUACUAUCAUCAACAAGGCUGACCUGCGUAUCGGGGAGCUCCAGUGGGGAGACAGUGGGGUGUACCUCUGUAAGGUGGUCAUCUCUGACGACCUCGAGGGCAGGAAUGAGGCCCCUGUGGAGCUUCUGGUGUUGGGUAAGACAGGUACAGGUCUGUCAGAUGAUCUCCUGCCUGACUUUGAUGUGAAGAUUAUGCCAGAAUGGGCCUUUGUGGGCUCGGUAGCCCUGGGUAUUAUCCUGUUCAUCUUGCUGUUUGGUGUGUGUUGGUGCCAGUGCUGUCCUCACUCCUGCUGCUGUUAUGUGUCCUGUUGGUGCUGUCCUGAGACCUGCUGCUGCCCACGACACUUGUACGAGGCAGGAAAGGGGUUGAGGAGCACGGCUUCGUCCCCCCAGAUCGCUGUCUAUCCACCCUACUACGUACCUGGGGUCCCGGCCAUGGUCCCCAUCGCCCCCCCCUCCCUGGUGGACACCAGGAUGAUGUCCGCUCCCCCCUCUGUGUCAGAGAACAGCGCAGCUGGAGUGCGGCCUGUGUACCGGCUGCAGUCCACUCUGGAUCAGUCCUCUCUGGAUCAGGACUCUCUGAAGGUGUUGCAGCACGUAGAGAAACAGCUGGCUCAUUUCCAUCCGGCCAAGCCCCAGAGCCACGACUCCUGCAGUAUGUCAGAGCUCAGUUCUCUCCAUGAGGUGGAUACAGGGGGGUUCCGUCAGUCUUACCGACAGGUACAGAAGAAGGCCCUGCCAGCCAUUCCUGACCACGACCGUGACCUUGAAGACAUCCCUGACCUCCAUCAUCCCUCGUCCUCCUCUCAGACCCGUCGCUCCACACGCUACCAGCACCGCCGCAACCGCAGCAUUGAGGAGGACCAUCAUCAUAAUAAUAACAGCAGGUGGAACCCUCGUUCGGAGCACCUGCAGCGUAAGGCCUUCCUCCUGGGUGGGAAGUCAGGCUCUCUGGAUGAGCUGGAGGAGUUUGCCCAGUGCUACAGACAGAGAGGCCCCAGGGAGGAGCUCACCGUCAGGGACAUCAGAGACACCGACCAGGAGUACGAGAGACUGGAGCUGCGUGAGCGAGAAGGUGACCGGGAUAGGGAUCGGGAAUACUAUCCGCCUUCUUACCGGGACAAGACGACGAAACGUGGUUACAGUGACAACAGGGAUCGCGAUGACCGCGCAGAGACUUGGCGAGAACGAGAUCGCCAAGAGGAUUGUCAUGGAGAUCGUCAGGGAGACCGACAACGCAGUUCGCCACCCUCGCCCAGGAAGAGACGGGGCACGUGGGACAACGAGCUGGAGCAGCGCCCCCCUAAACCCCCCGCCCCUCCUCCCCCUCCUCGCCAGAGCCCCCGGGGCCGGGACUAUGAUGACAAACUCCUGAGCACUCUUUUGGAGCGCAAGACCAGACGGGGUGGGGCCAGUGACAGUGGGGGUGAUAGGGGCAGGGGAGGGGGGCGCAGCGAAGAGGACACGCCCUCAGACACACCCUCUAAGGGUUCUAAGGGCUCUAAGAAGAGCAGCGGCAGUGGCGGCGAGCGUCACCAUAGCCGUUGGCCUAGCAACAGGGGGGUGGAGUUGGUAUUAGACUCACGGGGAGAAGACUCUCUACCCCCGUACUGCCAGACUGCGUUAGAGCGGUUCAGAGCCGCUGAGCGCCCCUCCCCCUCCCCUCGCCCCUCCAAUGGAGGCUCCACCCAUAGCCACACCCAUACCCUACAGCAGGAGAGCGGAGAGGAGCGGGAUAAGCCCCGGAAAGUGGUAUGGAGGCUCACCUUUACAGAUAUACUGUGACUCAGAGCACUCUUCUUAGCAGAGACUCUCUCAUAGUUUGAUGCCUGAAGAGGACACAUACAGACACUGGGAAUCAUCCUCUACCCCCCAUCACCCCACACUGGGGAUCAUCCUAUACCCCCUCCAUCAUUCUCUACCCCCCAUCACCCCACACUGGCGAUCAUCCUAUACCCCCUCCAUCAUCCUCUACCCCCCAUCACCCCACACUGGGGAUCAUCCUAUACCCCCUCCAUCAUUCUCUACCCCCCAUCACCCCACACUGGGGAUCAUCCUAUACCCCCUCCAUCAUUCUCUACCCCCCAUCACCCCACACUGGGG